AUGCUCAUCUCUCGCUGCCUGCGUCUCAUCCUGAGUGACAUCAUCACCCCAUCCUGUUUACAUCACCUCCUGCUGGAGUUCUUAGGCACCACCCUCUUCCUGUCUGCCAGCCUGUCAGGUGUCCUGAUGCUUCCGGCAGCUGGACUGGGUCAACCUACCAAUCAAAGCGUCCUGUCUGCAGUUCAGUCUGGACUGGUACCUGUCUCACCUGCGAACCCCCUGCAGGUGGUGUUGAUCUUUGGUCUGUCUGUUGCCAUGGCAGCGGUCUGUGUGGGCGGGGACGUUCACUUGAAUCCGGCAGUUACUAUAGCGAUGGCCCUGACCCUGAGGGUCCCCCUGUGGAGAGCAGCUCUGUAUGUGAUUGGUCAGCUGCUGGGGGGCGUGGCCUCUGCAGCGCUUCUGCUGGCUCUGACCGGAGACGUGACGCCUGCUCUCAACCAGGUGUCUGCUGGCGUCUGGCUCUACCAAGCCGUUGCCGUGGAAACGCUGGUGACCCUCCAACUGAUCCUGGUUGUUAUGGCGACCACUGACGUCCCCCUGCCGACAGUGGCACCUCCUCUGUUGGUCGGCCUGGCUGUCAGUCUGGGUCACCUGGUGGCUUUGAGUUCGACAGGUUGUGGGAUGAAUCCAGCUCGAUCCUUCGGCCCGGCUGUGAUCACACUGGACUUCACCGACCACUGGGUGUUCUGGGCGGGGCCUGGUUUGGGGGCGUGUCUUGCCGCUCUGCUGAACGACCUGCUUCUGCGGCCAAGAUGGCGUCGCCCUGGAGACUGGUGGGCGGAGCUUAAACGGCUGCACGUGCUCACUGAGAAGCAGCAGCAGGUGGCGCUGUCACACCUGCAGUAG